GAAAAUCAUGUAGCCUAACCCUACUUAACCAUUCUAAACUUAACUUAACCCUAACGAAGAUCGUCCUUAACCUUCUAACCUAACCAUCUGACCAUUUAGGUGCCGUCCUCUUUACAACCGGGUACCGCACUAUUUAACUAACCAUUACUAAACAUUUUAACUUAACCCUUCUUUACAUAAGCCAACUCUAACACUUUAUAACUUAGCCAAACCAUUCUUCACCUAGCCAUAACUAUUCCUUACCUAACCUUAAUCAACCUAACCCUAAUAAUUUUAAUUCAAAUGCGCUUUACAUAAUCUAACCCUAACUCUAUCUGACUUAACCUAUACCGUCCCUAACCCUACCUAACCCAACUUAGCCCAGCCCGUCGCUAACCAUUCUCGACCUAACCCUUCUAACUUUACUCCAGCCCCACUUUACCCCCAGGGCUUUACUAGCCCCUCCUCGGCCCUAAUGAUUUUAACCAAACUCUUCUUUAAAUAACCCAACUCUAACUGUAACUGACCUGACCAAGCCUGCCCCUAACCAUUCUUAACCUAGCCCACACUAUUCCUUACGUAACCUUACCCAACCUUACCAAACCUAGCUAACCUAACCCUUCUUUACAUAAUCUAAAUACACCUCUUAUCUAACUUAACUUAGCUCUUCCCUAACACAACCCAGCCCGUCCCUAACACUAUCUAACCAUCCUUAACCUAGCCCACACUAGUCCUUACGUAACCUUACCCUUCUUUGCAUAAUCUAACCACAACUCUUAUCUAUCUUAACUUAGCUCUUCCCUAACACAACCCAGCCCGUCCCUAUCCCCUGAACAUUUUGAACUAACCCUUUUUUACACAGCCAAACCUAACUCUAACUUACCGGAGUUUUUCUCUAACCCAACCCAGCCCGCACCCUGACCCUAACCAUUUCUUACCUAACCUAUCAUUAACCGCAACCUAACCUGACGUUUAAAGGGGAGAGGGUAUACAAAAGACUGAAGGUAAAAUAGAAAUGGAACGAUUAAGGUUGAAACAAAAGAAAAAACGAUGCUGCUUUAAUCAGGUAGAUGGAUAGAUAGAGAUAGAUAGACAGAUAGAGAUAGAGAGAGAAUGAGCGAGAGAAUAAAGAAACGGUCAGAAAACUGUGUUUAAGAGAAAGAUAAGUAAAGAGGGAGAAAGAGAGAGGAAAACUAAAGGUAGAAGUGAAGGGGCAGUAAAAAACUAAAGAAGGAGUGAUGUUGUGUUAAAGAGGGAAAAUGUUUUGGUAAAGAGAGAUAAAAAAUUAAAGAAAGUGAGAUGCUGUAUUAGAGAGGAGAGAGAGAGAGAUCUGUUCAGGACAGCAUAUGACAAGGGAUAAAAAUUGUCAAUAGGAGGGAUUUGUGUGUUAGAGUGUUGUGCGUGUUCCACGUAUGUUCGGGUGCAUCUGCUCAUAUCUCUCGCUCUCUCUCCCGUCCGUGGGUCCUCCUUUCCUCGGAGGUGGCGGCGCGUAUCAGAGCGUGUCCUCUCGUAUAAACGUCCGACUCCCGGUGCCGGUGGCCUCAGUCGAUCCCCGAGGCAGCGCGUCCAGAGUGGUUUUCAUAUUCUACAGGCAGUUUUCAACUAGCGACAUGUGUGACGAAGACGUGGCUGCGCUUGUCGUCGACAACGGCUCCGGGAUGUGCAAGGCCGGGUUCGCCGGUGACGACGCCCCCCGGGCCGUCUUCCCGUCAAUCGUCGGAAGGCCCAGAUACCAAGGUAUCAUGGUCGGCAUGGGCCAGAAGGACUCGUACGUCGGAGACGAGGCCCAGAGCAAAAGGGGGAUCCUCACCGUCAAAUACCCCAUCGAGCACGGAAUCGUGACAAACUGGGACGACAUGGAGAAGAUCUGGCACCACACUUUCUACAACGAGCUCCGAAUCGCGCCCGAGGAGCACCCCGUCCUCCUCACAGAGGCACCGCUCAACCCUAAGGCCAACAGGGAGAAGAUGACACAGAUUAUGUUCGAGACUUUCAACACACCGGCUAUGUACGUCGCCAUCCAGGCCGUCCUCUCGCUCUACGCCUCAGGGAGGACGACGGGCAUAGUCCUCGACUCCGGCGACGGUGUCUCGCACACGGUUCCAAUCUACGAAGGUUACGCCCUUCCUCAUGCGAUCCUCAGGUUGGACCUGGCCGGAAGGGAUUUGACCGACUACCUCAUGAAGAUCCUGACGGAGCGUGGCUACUCGUUCACAACGACGGCCGAGCGUGAGAUAGUCCGGGACAUCAAGGAAAAGCUCUGCUACAUGGCACUCGACUUCGAACAGGAGAUGGCCACGGCGGCGGCCUCCUCCUCGCUCGAGAAGAGCUACGAGCUGCCCGACGGCCAGGUCAUCACCAUCGGUAACGAGAGGUUCAGGUGUCCGGAAGCCCUCUUCCAGCCUUCCUUCCUGGGCAUGGAGUCAUCGGGGAUACACGAAACGACGUACAACUCGAUAAUGAAGUGCGACGUCGACAUCAGGAAGGACCUGUACGCGAACACUGUCCUCUCCGGCGGGACGACCAUGUACCCGGGUAUCGCGGACAGGAUGCAGAAAGAGAUCACCGCUCUGGCCCCGGCCACGAUGAAGAUCAAGAUCAUCGCUCCUCCAGAAAGGAAAUACUCCGUCUGGAUCGGUGGUUCCAUCUUAGCCUCACUCUCCACAUUCCAGCAAAUGUGGAUCUCGAAACAGGAAUACGACGAGUCUGGACCUUCCAUCGUACAUAGGAAGUGUUUCUAAGAGUCUUCAGUUCACCUGGCCGUUCCGUCGCAACCAAUUACUUAUUUAUUUUUUAAAACAUGAACACUUGUAUUUAUUUAUACUUGUAUAAAUUUAUUAAUAUAAGUGAAAAUCUUGCCUAAAUCCCACGCGCCUUUUAAUACAACUUUUAUCCAUUUA